GGGGCUGAGAAGAAGGAUGAAGAGACUGACUCUACACCAGACCCCACGGCCACACCCACAACUGUCAAAGCCCUGAUCCGUGGUGACAGAGGAGGAUCAUCUGUGGUCAAGUACAAGAUCACCGCCACUACAGGGUACGUUUGAACUCUCACUGUAUGACCUCUGGCCUCACUGUCUCGUUUGACGUUGUCCUAAUUGACCUCUCUAUGAUCUUGUCAGCCAUUUUAAAGGUUAAAACUUGUUUUGAUGUACAGCCAAUUUAACCUAAGCACAGACUUGUAUCUGUAUCUCUGGCCUUUCUGGGCCCUGCCUGGAGUUUACAUACACCGACUAGGGCUUCAUUUUAUGCCACAUAUUUGUGCCCAGCCACUACAUACAGUACAUACAACAAGUAGUCAGGUUGGUGCAUGUCCCGUAUUCAAAUCCAUCACGAUGUCUUUGUCCGAGUUGGCAUCCUAUUCCCUAUAUAGUGCACUACUUUUGACCAGAGUUGCUAUUUCAAAUCAUCACCAUCUGUAUGUACUGUAACCUGUUCUCUCUGAUUUUUCCCACCCGCAGUGGCUUCAGGAGCCAGCAGAGGGAGCUGGCGGUGGCCCGCGUGGUGGACGGACAGGAGCUGAGGUUCUUCACCCCCGUCAGGCGCUCUGUGAGGAUCGAGAGGUCUGCGCUCCGCUACCCCGCCUCCCUCCAGGAGCACGACAUCUGUGUUGCCUCCUUCAAUGACCUGAUGGCCCAGGAGGAGGAGCGGGAAGGAGAGAGGGAGGGAGACGGAGAGGAUGAUGGCAGCUCCGGGCCCACCCCGAAUGGCCAUCUGUACGUGUACAGAGAGAACGAGGCACUGAGAGACAAAGUCAACAUCCAGCUGGUCUACGCUGAAGAAGACGAC